AUUUAUCAAGAUAUACAAUUGAGAUCGGGGUGUCACCUGGAUGCAUGCCGCCAUUCGGUCCUGGCUCGUCCCCUCGUAUGAAAUGAGGCUAGAUACUGUUUCGGGGCGGCGCCGCAUACGGGGAACGCUCUCUAGGGGCGCUGGUACUCGGUAUCGGACUCCUUCCGCCACCCGAACCCCAACCUCGACCCCCAGCGGUACCGGCACUGGAAGAUAGGAGAGGUGAGCAAUGUCCGAUCGCUACCGGAGAUACUCUUCUCCCGAAAGAGAUCCAAGAGCAGAUCCAAGAGCCGGUAUUCGUGGUUCUCUUUUAUCUGAUGGUUCUACUGUAGCAUCUGAUCACAUGCAGAGUGCUGGUGAUCCAAGGGGCACAUCAGAUUCUCUGCGGAGUGAUAUACCGAUACGACCUGGAAGUUAUGGUUCAGAUCAUCUUUCUGGAGCAGGAAGUCAUGCUACGCCUGGAUUUAGUGGUUUGGCUGCUGGAGCUACCAUAAGAGGAUAUACUCCAUUAGAAGAGCCAGGCUUAACAAGAAGAGAUGCAUUAGGCAUUAAGCCUGGCAUCAGAGACGUACCCAAUCCUUUGGUAAAAUCUGAUGGUGCAUCUGCAGAUCAGUCUAAUAUCCUUUUUGUUGAUGGCCUUCCUACUGAUUGUACAAGGAGAGAAGUAGCCCAUCUCUUCCGCCCUUUUAUUGGUUUCAAGGAUAUCAAAGUUGUACAUAAGGAGCCUAGACGUACUGGAGAUAAGGCUCAUGUCCUGUGCUUCGUGGAGUUUAAUGAUGCCAAAUGUGCUUUAACUGCUCUGGAAGCUCUUCAAGAAUAUAAAUUUGAUGCCAGGAAACAGGAUUCGCCAGUCUUAAGGAUCCAAUUUGCGAAAUUCCCUUUCCGUCCAUCUUCUGUAUGUGAUGACCGGAGACAUGGAGGUGGCCCAAAUUGACAGGGAAUCGGCAAAGCUUGUUAUGGAUAGCCAUGAUUCGAAUGCACUUUUUACCCUGUGGGCUUUUAUACAGGGAUCUGUCAUGCUCAGGCAGUCAUCAGACGACUCACCAGUGAAGCACCAGUAAAUUCAUACAUUUUGACUGAUGACCAUAUAGAUGCGUUAACAUGCAGGAUAUAUCAUACUUGAGAAGUGGCUUCUUCGUAGUUUCCAGCCUAUGUAUUCAAGUAGUUGCUCCUAUUUUUCUGCUCGUGCCAUUGUUGCAGCAGUUGCAUUUAAAUAUGAUGUCUAAGACUCUAAGUAGACUAAUUCAAUGCUAGAAUUCUCAAAAAAAAAGAAAAAACUAAUUCAUUGCUGGUUUUUGUGCA